CGGUAAGCAUCAUGCUAUAGCUGCUAAUUACAAGCUGCGCGUUAGCUAGCUCUGUGUAUUUUGCAUACCGUGUUCCCUUUGACACAGCCUCAUCUACAAGCAUGAUCAGUCUGACAUUAGAAGAGCAUAUUUCGUGAUUCACGAAUAUGAGCCAAAACAAAAUUGCCCUGAAGUAAAUGUCCAUAUCGUCAUGAAAGCUUCAUGGCUAGUGUUUGGAUCAGUGAUCGUCAACAUCAAGCGGCUUUCACAACAGUGUGUUUGCGUUUUGUGUUAGUGCUAGACUGCUACGGUUCUCUUUCACAUAUACUGUAUUUGACCGUGACCUUUUAUAUACUUAUAUAUACUAUACUUUAUACUAAUAUACUUUUUUAUAUUUGUUUUCGCAAGAUGUUGACAGACGCCUCACAGCAGGAGACCGUGGCCAGUGUAGACACUGUGGAGAGUGUCGAUACUGGGGAUCAGCCCUUGCCCUCCUCCACUUCUGACGCUGGGACACAAUGAUUUUGAAGCCCCCCCGAUGGUCUCACGCUGUGCAGGUUAACCUGAAGCCCAAGAUGGUUAGCGUGGGCACACAGACUUCAAUCAGCCCACAAACCUCCACUCCCCUCGCUAGUCCUGAACAGACAGUUGACGACGACGAUGAUGAUAAUGCCACUGUCAUCAGUGACUUGUCGUGGGUGCCCGAAGAGCCGAUGGAUGAGGAGGAAUUGUUUGAUGAGGAGCCACCUUACACGUGUGACCCCCACCACAAUUGCAUUGACAAAUUCAUUGUUUGCCAAGAGGAGCUGAUGGGCCUUUUUGCCAUCUGUCCGGCCUGUUGUGAGAGGUCGGAUAGUAGCAUCGUGCAGCAGGAAGGAACUUUUGUUAAGAUCAAGCAGGUCUGUGCAUCAUGUGGCUACCACCGUUUCUGGCAAAACCAGCCAAUGCUCCACAGGAACAUGCCAACCUGCAACCUCCUGUUAAGUGGGGCCAUUCAUUUUACUGGAUGUUUGGCCACACAGACACUAAGAAUGUUGACCCUGUUUGGCCUGCAGUGCAUCAGUGCCAGCAGUUUCUUUCGCCAUCAGCGCCGCUACACCAUCCCUGUAAUCGUUCAGGCCUGGCAGAAUGAUCAAGCCAAGAAUUUUAGUGACCUACGGGCAAUGGAUGGCGGGCUAGUUCUUGCUGGUGACUGCAGGUGA